UUAUUUUCAGGAAAAAACCUCUAUAAUAAUGAACACGUAGCUAUUAAAAUGGAACCAAUGAAGUCAAAGGCGCCACAGCUUCAUUUAGAAUAUAGGUUUUACAAAUUAUUAGGUACACAUGUUCAUAACACGCAUAUAGAAGGUGUACCGGAGGUGUACUACUUUGGUCCAUGCGGUAAAUAUAACGCACUGGUAAUGGAGCUCCUUGGACCGAGUUUGGAAGAUUUGUUCGACUUAUGCGGGCGAAGAUUCACACUAAAAACAGUUCUCAGCAUAGCAACACAACUGCUCCAUAGGAUAGAGUACGUACACAGUCGACAUCUGAUUUAUCGUGAUGUCAAGCCGGAAAAUUUCCUUAUUGGACGUAGUACGACUAAACGAGAGAAAAUAAUUCAUAUCAUCGAUUUUGGAUUGGCCAAAGAAUACAUAGAUUUGGAUACUAACAAACAUAUACCUUACCGGGAACACAAGAGUCUUACCGGUACUGCGCGUUAUAUGAGUAUCAACACUCAUCUUGGAAAAGACGACUUAGAAGCACUCGGUCACAUGUUUAUGUACUUCCUUCGAGGCAGCUUGCCCUGGCAAGGACUGAAAGCAGACACGCUGAAGGAGCGCUAUCAAAAGAUCGGUGACACAAAGCGAGCGACACCAAUAGAGGUCCUUUGUGAUGGGCAUCCCGAGGAAAUGGCCACUUAUUUACGUUACGUACGGAGAUUAGACUUUUUCGAGACACCUGAUUACGAGUACUUGAGGAAACUCUUCCAGGAUCUUUUCGAGCGGCGAGGAUUCGUCCAUGACGGCGAAUUUGAUUGGACGGGCAAGGCUAUGCCUCCUAACUUUCAACAGCUUCGGCAGUUGAGAUUUGCUGCACCAUCUUGGGUUGGGAAAACAAAAUCGGACAAGGUUCGUCACUGCACUGAUACCUCCUCACAGAGAUACAAUACAGUACCUACUUGGAGAUUUUAUUUAUUAUCAUGUUAUCAAUCAACACCAGUUGGAUCGAUGCAAACAGGACAUGAAAUAGUUGUGUCGCCCAAUCGAGAUCGGCAUCCUACCACUUACAAGGACGUGGCAGGUGGAGGGGUGGGAGGAGGGGGCGGUAGAGGGGUGGGAACCACAUGGCCUGAUACAGUCAAACAAACGGGGGCUGGUGGUACAUUGACGCCUGCCGACAGACAUGGUUCAGUACAGGUGGUAUCCUCAACCAACGGAGAACUGGCAAAUGACGAUCCGACUGCUGGACAUUCAAACACACCAAUUACUGCACCGCAGGAAGUGGAGAUGAUCGAUGAAACCAACCCUGUUAAUCUUACAAAAGCGAGAAAAAAGUGUCCACGGUGUGGAGUUGAUCGUGUUUUAUAUAAAAGCACUAAAAAUAUUUCAGACUCACUUAAUAUUCCCAAACAAUCCUCAAGACCUGCAAAUGAUUUUGUAGCACGAUACAAAUAUCUUCUCAAUAUUUCCAAGCUUAAAAAACAAUAA